AAGAAAUAAAUUGUCUUGCUUCUCUCUGUCCAGUUGCGUGCUAACAAGUAUAUGUUAAGAUGAUGUUUCUAACAUUGUUUCAAAUACUUUGCAUUGGGAUAUCAACGUCAAGUACGUUGCAAGCAGAUCCUGUAUUUGAUACUGACACUGAUCGACAACGGGAUGUAGGCCUUUCAGUCCACCAGUUGGCCGAUCGGCUGAAUGAUCUAGAAGCGCGUGAUAAAAUCCAAGAACAAGUUAUUGUGGAUCUUAAGAAGGAAUUGGAAAAUUACAAAGAAAAACUUGAAGUUCUCCAUGAAGAAAUUACAGGAAAGUCUGGAUUGAUUUCGACAUUGCUAAAUAACACUACACGAUGUAAUCCAGAGGAGUGUACUGGAAAGAGAGAAUUUGGAAAUAAAGUCAGUAGAUCACGAAGGGAUUUGGGCAGCUUAAAUGUGGCGUUCACUGCCGGUUUAUCUAGAAGUAUACUUCAUGCACCGGCGUACCAUAACAUUAUCUUUGAUCGCGUUGAAACCAACAUAGGUAAUGGCUACGAUUCCCUCACUGGCGUUUUCACCGCACCUGUUUCAGGAACCUAUGUCUUUUACACGUCCAUUCUUGUCUACAACGGCCGUGAAGUAUUUUGCCGUAUCGUUGUCAAUGGUGUUAACAUGGCAAACACGUAUGGUCGUGGUACAGACAACCGUCUUGACCAAGGCAGCCAAGCUGUUAUUGUUCAGCUUCAGAAAGGACACCAAGUGGCUGUUCAAAAUAAGGUGGAUGAUGACGCUAUAUUUGGGAAUCAAGAUAUUUAUACCACUUUUUCCGGAUUCUUACUUCAUUCAAGCACACUUGCUGGCUGAGUCGAAUAGAAAUAUAAA